CCACGCACAACAUGGAGGUCCACUACAGGAUUGCCUUACUCAUUGCUUUUUUUACCGUUAUAUGUGGCGCUAACAUGCCAACAACAAAAGAAGUCAGAACGGGCUCGUUGCUCUUUCCGGAGAAAAUAAUAGGCGGAGUGAUCGAGAUGGUGCACAGCCACAAGAGUAAACCGACCACGCAAGCACCCUACACGCAGCCCCCAGCCUACCCCCAGCAGUACCCGCAGCAGUACCCACAGUACCAGCAGUGGAACGGCCAGGCAAAUGGCCAGGGAAAUUACCAAAACCCUGGUUACUCGCAGUACCAAAGUCAAUACCAGGGCCAGACACAGAACUACGCACCGCAAAACGGUUACCAAGGUUACCAAAAUGGUGGCAGUUACUCUAGUCCUUCGAGUCAGACAUAUCCCGUUAAUCAGGGUUUCAGCAACUCUCAAGGCCAGAAUCAAAACCAUUAUCAGUCAAAUUACCAACAGCCCACCGGUAACUAUCAACAAACUCAACACUUCCAAUCUCAGCAAGGAACUGGACAAUACCAGGGACAGUCUGGGUACUACGGACAGAAUGGUGGUCAAUCGACACAAAUUUCCCAAACACCCAGCGUUGGGCAGAGUGGCUUUGGUGGGCAAGGGUUCCAAGCUUCAGGAGGAAGUCAGGUGAGUGGCAGCAGUCCGGGACCCACCUGCGUGUGUCAGGCGUGGACGAAGCCACAACAUGAUGAAUUGAAAGACGUAUGA